AUGGCAACAGCACAUCACAGUUUGGCUGUUUUGACGAAUGCCUGUGUCAAACCUCCAGUUGAUCCUAAAACAGGAUUGUCAGCAUCUUUUAAUGAAAGAACACUUGCGUCACUCAUCCACUAUGGGGAUGAAUAUGCAGAAGAAAAGGAUGAGAUGUUCGAUGAUGAGGGACAGACCCGCGGAGAUUAUUUGCCCGGUCUUGCCCUGUCGGAUCCCGCCAGCAAGGAUAUUCCAAGGGAAUUAAACAAUUUGCCAGAUGACAAAUUUUAUGAAAAGUUGAUACAACUAAAAAGUGAGCAUAAGAAAACUCUGGCAAUAUGUGAAAAGUUAUACAAUCGUAAAAUUAACUCUGACCAGGGCGACAAUGUGAACGGCUUUGUUUCCUAUGCAGAUUUUGGCAAAGUGCCAGUUCAUUUAGCAAAAAACGAAGAAACAUAUAUUUCAGAAGUAAAUGGUGUCCAACCACCAGAAAUGUUUUCACGAAAUUCUCUUAAUGAAUCUGCAAGUAAGCCGCCUACGGGUCGACCAGCCCAGUCGCCAGGAAUUAGGACUGUGCCCUCCCCUGGAAUAAGGACAUUGCCAGUUAAAAGAACUACUGUGCCAAAAGAAAGACCAAGCUCAGCACCAACAAGAAGUGGGUCACUAAAUCUUGCACGUAGUUUAGAAGAGGAAGUCUGGUUGAAAAUUGCAGCAGAAAGAAAGGCAGCCAGAGAGGCAAAAGAAGAUGAGCCAGUGGAGAGAUAUGAAACAACCCAGUCUGAAACAUAUGAAACUCCAGAAUUAACAACUGCCUUGGCGGACAUUGAUGACAUGUGGGAUAAUUUUUCCAUAGAAGAAUACGCACCAAGAGCUAAAAGACCAUCUUCAGCUACAGUCACUCGCAAAGAAAAAGAAAAAGAAUGGAGACAUAGAAUCACUAUACCAAAGCCUUUUAAAAUGACUAUUCGUGAAAUGAACAAAGAAAAGAAAAUAUCACAGAUACAGAAGGAACAAGAAGAAAAGUUACAGCAGAAAUACAAGGAAGAAGAAAUGGAAUGUCAAAAGAAAUUCAAAGCAUCACCAGUGCCAGCCCACAUAUAUUUACCAAUGUAUGAUGAAAUUGCAGAAAAGAAUGAAACUCGAAGAAGAUACAUACAAGAAUACAGCAAGGAAUUACUCAAAUCACAAGAAAGGCCAUUCAAUUUUAUGAAAAGAGAGGAAGACAAAAAGAAGCACAGACGAGUGAAAUCAGCACCAAUAUCUGAUGAUAAUGUGAGGAAGUCUACAUCAUUUAAAGCUAAACCUGUGCCUACCUCAGUCAUUGAUAACAGUGUUAAUGAUAAGAUCAUGGAAGAGGAAGAGUACAGAAAAAUAAGAAUAAAAAUGCGUUCAGAGGAACUUUUAAAAGCUGCAACAUUACCUCCUAAUAUGGAAGCAAGAAAACAAUAUGAGCAAAUUAAAAAGCGUGACAAACAAGUUAAAAACAAAAGAAAAGCUCAGUUCCAGCCAAAAGUAAAUCAUGAAGUACCAGAUUAUGAUGAACUUUAUAGACAUUUCCAAAAAGAACUGGCACGACGCAAGCGUGAAAGAGAGUCAACUGUGGUUAAACCUUUUCAACUCAACACAAUGCAUCUUAAAUCAACACAGGACAGGAUUAUUAAAGACAUAGAGAGAGAUGAAGAAAAUAUGAAGGAGAAUAGAUGGCCAUACAAGAACCCUCGAGUCACACCAAGAAGUUUAGGUACCCUAUCUACUUCACUUGACUCCAUUCCAGCAAAAAAUACUGUGUCAGCCGACCUUAGGAACAAUCACACAAGAAAGAAGCUUCACAACAUGACAAAUAAAGAACGCGAGCAGCUUGAGGCAGAUAGAAAGAGAAGGAUACGCGAAAUGAGACUGAGGACACAGAUCAUGUCCAAGACAAGGGAUGGGGAAAAUGGUCGCACUCUAGAGGACACUUAUAGACAAAAAGUUCGCACAUUCAAAAAUGAUGACCGUGCAAGAAAAGAGGAAUACCAGAAGAGUUUGGAGGAAAUGCAGGCGCGAGUGAACAAAAGACCUUUGUUGUUUCAACAAGAGAGUCAGGUGAAUGCAAGAGCAUCAGCAGAGAAGAAGUUUGCUUCAACUCUAAGGAAUUACGGAAUUGAUGAGGACUUUGUUCAGAGUCGCAGUUCUCGAGCCGCCAGUGUUGUAAACGAUGAUGGUAAUGAAAAUUAUGAAGAUGACUUUGAUGCAACAUAUGCAAAGUCUGUUGAUGAUGAAAAGUAUGAUGAUUAUGAUGAUGAUGAGGUAGAUGAAGCAUGAGUUUUCCAAAAUGUCAGUUUAUAUUAAAAGCUUUAAGAAAAUAAAAAUAACUACAACACAGAAACAAGUGACUGUCAUCCAAAAAUUGACACAAGGGUGUUAUAAUCAUGAAGAAAGAAGUCUGAUUACUAGACAUUAGAAGUGCACAACAGUAGUAAGGUCUUAUUGUUGAUGGUCUUCAGUAAAAGUAGUUCAUGCAGAUCUCGCAAACAAGAUUCAGAGGCAUUUUGUUGAGUCUAAACUUUAAGAAGAUAUUUUAUCAUAGCAAGUUGUAAAAAUGUACAAGUAGUCCUAUAGCCACACAUAAUGAUUAAAUUAGUACUUGUACUGGCUUGUCACAUAGUACAAUAUACAGUCUCUUAUAUUACAUUCCUGCUUUUGAUUUAAAGUAUGUACACGUCUUUUGUAUUACGUUAAUAUGUAAUGAGACCUAUAUUUGCAACUAUGACACAAGAUGACCAGUUAAAUUUGAUAGAUUCUCAAUCAAACAAACGACCUGACAUUACAGUUUUCAGUCAGUUGUUAACACUGAGUACCGAUCCGGUCUUAUAGUAUAGCUCUAUAACACAACAUGGCAGUAGGUCGAACAAAGUUACCACCAGUAGUGAGAGUACCUUCUAAGUUAUGUCUAAAAUAAGUUGUUUUAUCACAUAGAAAGCUGUAAUGUCUGAUGAGGUAUUUCGGGUUAGACACGAGAUGAAACACUGCAACAUGACAGGUAAUCUUUCACUUUACCUGAGUGUCAUCAAUGUUUCCUUGUUUUAUCAGCAGUUUACAUGUUUUCAUAAGUUUGCAUAUUUUUUUCCUUUUUUGGUUGGUUAAUGUUCAGUGAAUUUUGUAUAUAUCUAGCUUGUACUAGUCAUAUAACUACCCUUGUAGUAUUUUUUGUAGAUAAAUCUACUUUUUUUCAGAACUCUGUCAGGGUAAUUCUAUGCUGUAUGUUGACCUUCUCAUCCUGUAUUUCUAUAAUGGUUUUGUCAUAGUGUUAAGGCAACAUAAUGAGAAAGACGUGUAUUGUCAAAAAGUACAACGAAAGGUUUCAGAUUAGUGACAGAAGAUUGACUAAUGCUUGUAUGUAGACAUUUAAGUGAUACUUCUAAAGUCAGCUUUGCCUUUUGGAAUGUGGAGACCAUGAAAACUGCAUUCUUACAUCUAUAGUGUGUUAUUCCUAAUGACAUAAUGUACUGAUAUAUAAAGUGGAGCAAAUGAGUCUUCAAUAGUACACUGUUUUUGCAGAAGUGAUGUUCAUUAUUUGCAAAGUUGGCUGUUGGGUUCAGAACAAGGCCAUGAAUGCGUUCUGUUGCGUAUACACAGAACUUGUUUUCAAUGCAAUCCUAGAUUAUUUAGCAAAAAUCUUUCAAUACUUAUUUCAGUCAAUCCUUCAAUCAAAUUGAUCGGUGUAAUAAAUCAGGUACUUUUAGCAAUCCACUGUAAUAUGUAAGUAUACAGCAAGUUUUUCCCACUUUUACUGCUAAUAUGGUCAUAGAUCUCUUAAAGAUAUAUGUACCACAAGUAACAUUAUCAAGUUCUUUUGUCUGACACUAAAAGGUAUUUCUAAUUGUAAGACAACAUGCUUUACUAACUCUUAAAAAUCUGUCCAUAUGACUGUUUGUAAUAUCCGUCCAUAUAAUGAUUACCAGUGGUACUGUAUCCUUAGAUGUAACAAGUUAUUAUCUAUUUGUUGGAAACAAAAAAAAUCCUUCCUUUUUUGCCUUUUCAUUUUUUUAUUCAGAUUACAAUCAUUGUUAAUCAUACGUGAAGAAAGUGUGUAUAAUACACAUAAUUGUAAGAUGGGAACAACAUACUUUAACCCAGGUCACCCUGCUGAUAGUAGUAUGUAUGCUUGCAUUCAAAGAUAUGGUAGUUAAUAUUUAUAUUAGAUCAUCAGAUCCUUUAACUUGUAUAUGUAUACUGAGACUACAUGGUAUCUCACGUGUUCAAGCAUAAACAUAUCCCCCAGAUUGAUUCGUCUUCGAUACUCAAGAGGUUUCAAUCACAUUUACUCUCUGCACUCCUGGCGCAUUUCCUGAAGGCUCAAGCAAAGUAAUUUGAUUGGUCUAAAGUGGGUUUCAGGAGAAAUACUGAUCAAUCACAGACUGAUACAAUUUUUUGAAGCCAGUGCAACAUACUAUUAUGUAACCUCAAGUUUCGUUUGAUGUACAUCAAAGGAUCAAACUAUUUUUCUUGUCUUAUUCACAAGGUGUCACACAUGAAACUUUCAAUUUUGUCAAGAAAUUUUCCACAGGGGUGAAGAGAGCAAUAGUGAGCAUAAACCAGGAGUAUUAAGCAUAUAGUUGAUGGUUCAAUUGCACAACCUUUCUUUCUCUUUGACAAAGCAGCUUAUUAUUUUGACGGUGUUGAUUUACACUGGUGAAACCUGAUUUUGUUUUUGAGAACCAACUGAAAUGUCCUGUUAAUCAUUUCUUAUCAUGAUGCAGGACGGAGAAAAUAUUUCCUUUCUUCAUUAUAUAGAUUCGUGUUCCUCAGCUCAUUAAUGUGUGAUUGCAAAAUGAAGAAAUUUUAUUUUUGAAUUUAUUUUCCUAUGUGAAAACAUACAGAACAAUAAUUGCAUGUACUUUCACUUCUCAGUAAAUAAAUUGAUAUCAUAGAUAGAUCAGUGUAUUAUUAAUUUAUAAUUAAAGUUGUGCACAUUAUUUGUGUUAAGUAUCAUUACUUUAUUACUCCUACAACAAGCUGUUACAGUGUUGAUGUAUCUAAAUUAUCCAUGACUAAAUUGUAAGUCCAACUCACCAUUUGUUAAAGGUUUCUUGACAAAAAAAUCAUUUGAAAGGGAGUUAGAGUAGACUAAGGAAAUCAAGCUGUAUAGUUGUGCGUCAAAAGUGUUUUCAACAUAAACCGUGUCUGUCAUCCCUCUACUGUACAGUCUUGUAUGUAAACAGUUUCUAUGUAUGUAUUCCUAACUUAAGACUUCGGUUGAUAUUUAAACCUUUUUGUACUGGAAGUAGCACAAUACAAUAAACUGAUACUUUGU